AUGGCGACACUUUCGAAGAUGAAGAUGAGCAGGGCCCACAAAAUGCAGUUGUUCGGCAUGCUCCCCAAAAACGGCUUGUACUAUGAGUUCUGGGAAGAAGAGGAUGAGAAGAACAAGACCCGUACUCUUCGCCGCAUCCUUCCCGCGAUCAUGUCCACCAAGAUCAUGAUCCAGCUUCACAAGAAGUACAACAAGCCUACCAAGAACGACUUCGAUCACGCCAUCGCGGAGCUCUUCGACAGCGCAACGGCCAUCGUCAGCAAGGUAGCCAACGACGGCAAGAACCCCUCCUACGAGCUCGACUUCUGGCGCGACCCCAAGGUUGGAACUAUCUUCGAGAAGGUCUCCGACAAAACCACCUAUCGAUUCGCCAUCAAGAUGCUCGAGGCCCGCAAGCGCUGGAUUGAGCGACAGCCCAUCGUAGAGGAUCCCAGUCACGACGCCGCCAAGUACGAGUGCAAGGCCGCCAAGGCCAUCGACCGCUUCAACGGCGCCGUCGAGGUCGCAGCCCUGGCGAGCUUUGACUUCACCAUGAAUGCGUUCAUGAUCGACCAGUUCGACCAAUUCUCUGACACCGACGACGAGGAGGAGGAGGAAGAGGAGGAGGAGGAGGAGGAGGAUCUCAGUGAUGACGAGGGCCCGACUCAGCCCCGCGCCGCGAAGCGUGGCAUGCUUGAGAAUAUGAGCACUACUGACAGCGAUGUCGACGGCCCCGCCGCGAAGCGCGUCAAGCUUCAGAAGACAGUCACCACCGACGGCGAUGUCGGUUUCGAUCCCGCGCUAGUUGCCGGCACUGCCAAACUGGCCAUCGGUGGAGGUGCGCCUGAGGGUUUCAACGGCGCAAAGGAGAACAAAAUGGAUGGCACAGGUGAUUUCGGCCCCUUUCUCGCCCAGCUGGCCAGGGAGGAUGAGGCCCAACUCGACGAGGAGGAGAUGAUGGAGAUGGAUGGCAACUAG